GUUCUGUUGUUGGCAUAUGACAAUAUUAAGAAGAAACGCCAAUCCAAAAAUUUUAUUAUGGCGAAGUAUUUGAAUUGGUUAAAGUGAGAAAUGACUGAACAUUCACAUAGCAGAUUUGAAAAAUCCCUGGGGUUAUUAACAACAAAAUUUGUAGGUCUACUAAAACGAUCUACAGGAGGUGUUUUAGAUCUCAAAAUUGCUGCUGAUUUGUUAGCUGUAAGACAAAAAAGGAGAAUUUAUGAUAUUACUAAUGUGCUAGAAGGUAUAGGACUUAUAGAGAAGAAAAGUAAAAAUAGUAUUCAAUGGAAACCUUUCACUUGUAAAUGUCUACCGGGAACAAACACCCAUGAAUUUACUAAAAAAAUAUCAGAAUUGAAAAAGAGGAUAACAAAACUAAAUGAAUAUGAACAAGAAUUAGAUCUGCAUCGGCUGUGGAUAGAACAAAGUAUUCGCAAUAUCACUGAAAAUAUAGAAACAAGAAGAUAUUUAUAUGUGACCGAUACAGAUUUUUCCACACAAUUCAGUAAUAAUGAUACCGUGGUUCUAAUAAAUACACCUGUGAAUAGUAGUACUGUAAGAUUCGAACAUAACGAAGAUUCUUUCCAGUUACAAUUUAAUUCAAAAACGAUCCCAAUAAGUAGUAGUAUUUUAAGUAAUAAUGCAAGAGAUGAAGAAGGAAAUAGCAAGAAAAGGAAAAGGGUAACAAUAGAACCAGACCCAAAGUACACUAACAAUGAAGAUGAUGAUCCAGAUAUUUUGACUGCACAAAUACUAUUCAAAAAACAUAGAAGCAAUCGUUUUGAUUUGUAUAAUAACUGGUUAGAAGAAAAUCCUGAAUAUGAAUCAUCAUUCAUAACUUUAAAUCCUGUACCACUACAUCCCGAUUACAAUUUUAGUCUAUUAGAAAGUGAGGGAGCUGCAGAUUUGUUCGACGAAACUUUUUAUCCUAAUAUUGGAAUUACUUCGUAACUUGUUAUCAUAUACAAAUCAUUCGUUUUAUUCGUAUAUAACGUGUAUAAUUUUUGACUUUUUUGGCAAUAAAAACUGUUAUAUAUA